AUGGCUUCGCAAGGUAAUAUUAAAAAUAAUAAACCAGUUGGUCAUUCUGCAAGCAGUGACUCUAAACUAAAAGCAAAGAUUAUUUUCAAGAAGAUGGAAACUCAAACAAAAAUAGAUGCUUACAAUCCUCAAACAGUUGAAGAUAGUUUUAUUCCAUCGGUUCAAAGUACUCAAUUACAUAAACAAACUGACAUAGCUUCUGUUACUUAUUGUAAUCGACUGUUCAAUAUAAUGAAACAAAAUGGUAUUAUUUGUCAACCUGUCCGUAAUGGUGAUCAAAUUGAUCUUCAUGUUGAAGAUUCCGGAUCAAAAGUUAUUAUGUGUACUGGUAUUCCUCAGGAAGAUAACUCAUCGGGAACGUGUCAAUGUAAUAAAUAUUUUAUUCCUGAAUAUGAUAUUCUAGGAAGUACAUGUCAUUUUUGUUAUCAUUCAAUUCUUAUGCAUCGAGUAAAACCUGAACUUGAAGAAAUACUAUAUGAUGAUACAAAAAAUGAAUCUCAACGAAAUGAAUAUAAAUAUUGGUUUGAUAAAUUUAUUGAACUACAGCGAAUGUAUUGUUAUACAGAUAAAAAUUUACCAUUUGAUGACAAAAUAUUUAUCAGUAUCUAUGAUAAACCAAGACAAGCACGAUUAAGUUUUAUUCAAAGUCCUAAUUAUAGAUAUGUUUUAAUCAAGUAUCAAUAUGGUGCUGUAUAUGAUGAAGGAGAACAUGCCUUUAGUACGACAUAUCGAAUAAUCAGUUUACAAACCAUGUUACCAGUUGAAACAGAUGAAAAACUGUAUCAUUCAUGGUCUUAUUAUCGAUAUAGUGAUCAAUCAGAAUCUGGUUAUCGUACUAUUGAAUGGGAUUUAACUAAACCAGCAACAUUAAUUGCAACGAGUGUGAAAUAUUUCGAUGAAGUCAAUGAUGUAUCAAAGCCAUAAUUUUUUGAAAAUGAAUUGGAUAAUGAAAAAUAUCAAGGAAAUUUUGAAAAUUUUAUUGAAGGUUUAGCUAUGGCAGCAGUGAAUUGUAUUCAUGUUAAAGAUAUCGUCGAUCGUUUGAAUAAUGAAGUUGGUGAUAAAACAGCGAUGGAAAUUAUUGAAUUAAUUUAUAAUGAUCAUCGUUUUAAUGAGAUUUUGCAAAGAGGUGGUGCUCCAUUAAUUGCAGAAUAUGCUCAAAUGUGGAAAACGAAUUUGAAUGAUGUUAGACGAGCUAGUAUUUUAGUAAAUACAGCUGCUAUACAACGAAAAAAAGCACCUCUGAUUGAUAAAUGUUUAACACAUUCAGAUGAACAUAUUGAGGGUGUGGAUGUUGAUAAAGAGACAACGUUCACACCCACACCCACACCCUUUUCAAUCAUUUCUUAA